AAUAAUCAGAUAUUAAGAUAUUAUUAAUAAUAUAUCUCUAAUUUAAUCAAAUAAUUAAGAUUAUUAAUAAUCUCAUAUAUUUCCCUCCCCCGCAUCCAGAGGGAAAUUCUACUCUUCGCCUUAAACAGACAGAAAUGGGGCAAGCGACAGUGGCUGGGACGGAAUCGGCGGUGGCGGGCUCCGCCUCCAGCAGCGAAAAGGACUUCAAGCUAGUGGGAUACUCCAACUUUCUGCGCAAAAAUCCACGAACCGAUCGCUUCCCCGUGCUAGGCUUCCAUCACAUUGAAUUCUGGUGCGGUGACGCCACCAACACCGCCGGCCGAUUUUCCUUCGGACUCGGCAUGCGCCUCUCCGCUCGAUCCGACAUAUCCACCGGCAACACAAUCCACUCCUCACUCCUCCUUCGCAGCUCCUCCCUUCAAUUUCUCUUCUCUGCUCCCACCUCCUCAUCCGAUCCCCCACCUUCCCCGCAAUCCCAAUCGCCACUUCCUUCAUUUUCCCCCUCCGCUUCCCACCGCUUCACCCUCACCCACGGCCUCGGCGUUCGAGCCAUCGCCGUUCGUGUAUCCGACGCAUUCUCCGCCUUCCACAUCAGUGUCUCCCACGGCGCCCGUCCUGCUUUUCCUCCCGCUGAUCUCGGCCUUGGCUUCGCCCUCUCCGAAGUUGAGCUGUACGGCGAUGUCGUCCUCCGAUUCAUUAGCCAUCCUUCACCUUCUCCUCAUUCCCCAUCCUUCCUCCCCGGAUUCGAAGACCUUCCCACUCCUUCCCCCUGCCUCGACUACGGCAUCCGCCGCCUCGACCACGCCGUCGGUAACGUCGAAGAUCUCGCAUCCGCGGUGAAAUACGUCGCGGCUUUCACCGGAUUCCACGAGUUCGCCGAGUUCACCGCGGCGGAUAUUGGCACCGCGGAGAGUGGAUUGAACUCGGUGGUGCUCGCGAACAACGAGGAGACGGUGCUGAUUCCGAUGAACGAGCCGGUACACGGGACGAAGCGGAGGAGUCAGAUUCAGACUUAUCUGGAUCAUAACGUCGGAGCCGGCGUGCAACACCUCGCAUUGGCGACUGAUGAUGUGCUCCAGACGUUAAGGGAGAUGAGGGCGAAGUCGCCGGCGGGCGGUUUUGAGUUUAUGCCCCCGCCAGUUCCGACAUACUACGUAAAUCUCCGGCGACGCGCCGGCGAUGUGCUCAGUGAGGAGCAGAUGAAGCAGUGCGAGGAGCUGGGCGUCCUUGUUGAUAGGGAUGAUCAGGGGGUUUUGCUCCAGAUAUUCACCAGACCGGUCGGAGACAGGCCAACACUAUUUCUCGAGAUCAUACAGAGGAUCGGCUGCAUGACGAAAGAUGAAGAAGGAAAGGAAUAUCAGAAGGGAGGAUGCGGAGGCUUCGGCAAAGGUAAUUUCUCUGAGCUUUUCAAGUCCAUUGAAGAGUAUGAGAAAGCCCUGGAAGCCAAGCAGCAAAUUGCAGCAGCUUAAGCUUCAUUAAUCAAUCAGUGGCUGAAAUGAAACUUUUCUUUUUAGAUGUCUUUGUUUCAGUAAGGCUUCAUUUGAGAUGAUUUUCUUACUGUUUUUUAAAACAGUUUCCUAGUAUAAAAUUUCAUGAAUUAUAUACUAGAAAGCU